AUGUCUCUGGUUAACACAGAAGAAGUGACGAAGAUGUCACAGUCCUUGGAUAGAGAGCCGCAGAAGACAUCGGCAGAUGACACAACCACGACAGAGGGCUCCCAAGGCAAAGGCGUCGAAGGCAUCCUAGCAGAUCCAGAACCUGCUCUCCGUGAAUGGCGAACUACACCUGAAGAAGAGUCAAUGGCUCAGAAUGACCGCCUCAUGGCCAUUAGUAUGACCAGGGCGGUACAACACGACGGCGCCACAAUUGCACUCAUUCUCCAACAGGAGAAUCGAGCUGCGACAGAUCGGGCAUUUGCCAUGGGCUUAGACCCAACACACUUUGCGCAGAAUAUCCGUCAAGCAAAUCCCGAGGCCAUUCAAAAGGCCUUGGACUUUCUAGAGGGGGAGCUGAUGGACUUUGAAUAUACAGAAUCUCAUGCCGCAGGUACACCAGCUGACGCAGACCUGAGCGAGCCCUCAAAAGACGCUGCGAAAACACAGCCAUCUGUCCCGACUAGUCGCAAGUGUGUGGCGUGCAUGGAGUCUUUCUGUCACGAUAUUAUCGAAGCGCCAUGUUCUGAUUUUUAUUGUAAGGACUGUAUCCUUCGUCUGUUCAACGAUUCGUUUGUCGAUCAGUCUGUAUUUCCACCUCGUUGCUGUGGAGUGCCAAUCCCCCCUUCCAGUGUGCACCAAUUCAUUGGAGCUGGACUCGCUCAGCAAUACGAGGAAAAGGUUAUUGAGCAAAAUGACCCAUUCAGAACCUAUUGUUCAGAUAGCUCCUGUUCUCAAUAUAUCGUCCCAGAGCGUGUUAACGGGUACAUUGGCCGAUGCAUCUGUGAUCGCGCGACUUGCACUUUGUGCAAGCAAAUGGCACACAGCGGUGUUCCAUGCCCCGAGGACCCAAGCGGAAUUCAGCAGCUCUCAAAAGAGCAAGGAUGGCAAAAAUGUGCCAACUGCGGCGCUGUCGUUCAGUUAGCAUCUGGGUGCAAUCAUAUUUCAUGCCGAUGCGGUUUCGAAUUUUGCUACGCUUGCGCAUUACAGUGGAAGACUUGCCAAUGUGAGACAUGGGAUGAAAGGACGCUCCUCGCACAAGCCCAGGAAAUAGCUGCGCGCAAUGAAGCCGGUGCCCCAGCCCCUGAAGCUGUGGAGAAUAUAGUCGCCCAGCUUAGGGUACAACAAGAGUGCGACCACGAAGAUGACUGGGUUAGGAUUGAGGGCGAGCACAACUGUGACGAAUGUGACGAACAUAUGCCAUGUUUUAUCCUCCAAUGUCCUGGAUGCAAUAUGAGGGCAUGCCAAAGAUGCCUCGAAGAAAUCCAAGAAGAGGAAGACUGUGACCAUGACGGGCUUUGGAGAAGGCUCGAGGGACAGCACGAAUGCGAGGAAUGCGAACAGCAGAUGGCACGUUUCAUCCUUGAAUGUCCUGAGUGCGCGAUGUGGGCGUGUCAAACCUGCGUUGUAAAACUCAAGGACGAGGAGUGCGACCACAAAGGUACCUGGAAAAGAAUCGAUGGUGUGCACUCUUGUGACGACUGCGGUGUCCAAAUGGAAACUUUCGUCCUCGAAUGCCACGACACUGGUCGGCUGGUAUGGGUUAUGAAACCUUCUAUUGUACCAUGUAUGGAUUAUUCGACUCUCUUUGACUUCGGCAUUGGGGUGAUCGAUAUUGUGAACGCCUAUUAA